GCGGCGGGCCGGCAGUGGACCCCGCCGGCAGCUGCUGGGUCCUGAGGCGGCGGGGGUGGCGGUGGCCUGAUCUUCGCCGAGCCUCGGAGAAGCGACCUGCGCGUGGACCCCGCGCUCGGCGGGCUGCUCUCCGGGGACUAGCGCAGCCCGCGCUCGCCGAGGCUUUGUCACUCGCCUCUAGCUUCAUCCGCGGCCGUGGCUGCGCGAGCCUCCGGGCUUGCUCUCCCCGCCCAGCUGUCCUGCCUCCAGCCCUUAGCUGGGGGCGUGGGGUACGCAGCUGGAGCCCGAGCUAACAGCCGCGGAGCAUCCUUCGCCCGUCCCGGCCGCGCCACCGCCCAUGCUGCAGCCAGUCCAGGGCGGCGACCCUGUGGCCGCAGCCCGCCGCUCGGUGACCCUGCGCCCCGCCCGAGCCUUCCCCGCUGAGCCCCGGGCCCGGGAGCGGGACCCGCGCCCCGUGAUGGCUCGGCUGGCGCAGGUUGGCGCUGGGUGCCCGCCAUCCGCCCGCUGAGACGCGCCCGGCUGGGUACCGACGGGGCCUUGGCGCUCCCCGCUUCUCUUCCCCGCCGCGCCCUUCCCCCUUCUGGGGGCUCCGCCUUUCCUUCCCGGGGGCGAGGGCACAGGGGGCCGAGACAAAGCCCACUUUGUGCGGGGAGUUGGCUGCGGGCGUGGAAUGUGCGCGUCGGCGCGCGCCCCCUCCCCGCACCCCGCCAGCUGCGAGUCUUGGCUCCCAGACUCCUCUCGUCGGAGAAAUCGCGCCCCCUCACCGCCCUCCGGUCCGGGGGUCCCGGCUCGGAGCUGACGCGGCCUGGAGUCGGGUCGGUCCCCCACCCCGGAGCACAAGCAGGUGUGAGAGUACGAUAUUUUGUAGUGGAAUUUGCUUGCCUUCAAAACUGGGAGCUGGGGCGCCCAGUCGGCGUGGGCACCCGUGCCUUGACCCUUUCGUGGCCGCAGAUCUGAGCUGCCUGGCCUCAGUUUCCGUCUGACUUUCCUCUGCCAGCCCAGACUGUUGUCCGUUAUUGUUCUCGCCGUCAAAUGGGGGUGCUUUGUGAAAGCUGCCAAGUUGGGAAGUAUUCUCUAGAUCCCGUUUUUCAUAAAGAACAAGGCCUCUAAGGCUCAUCCGGGACAACCAACCCCCUCUGCCCCGCACUUCAUGUUGAGGCACUGAUUUUUUUUCCCCCCCCAUCAAGUAGUAUUUUAUUGUACGGGAGCCACGCCCUGGUUUCUUAAAGGCGCCUUGCACUCUGUUUGGCCAUGUGUUAUCUCUGCAGCUGGUGUGUGGGAGGCCUCCUGUGAGCCACCUUUCUUACCCCUGUCCGCUGAGACAUCCUCCCACCCCCGUCAAGGAUUUGGGGAUGCCAGGGGGGAAGAAGGUAGUCGGGGGCAGCAGCAGCGGUGCUGCCCCCACUGCCGCUGCUGUCCCCUCUGGGGCCAGGCGUUUGGAGACCAGCGAAGGAGCCUCAGCCCAGAGAGAUGAUGAGCCAGAAGAAGAAGGGGAAGAGGACCUGCGAGAUGGAGGCAUCCCCUUCUUUAUCAACCGGGGUGGGCUGCCUGUGGACGAGGCCACCUGGGAGAGGAUGUGGAAGCACGUGGCUAAGAUCCACCCCGAUGGAGAGAAGGUGGCUCAGCGGAUCCGUGGGGCCAUGGACCUGCCCAAGAUUCCCAUACCGAGUGUGCCUACGUUCCAGCCCUCUACUCCUGUCCCUGAGCGCCUGGAAGCCGUGCAGCGCUACAUCAGGGAGCUGCAGUACAAUCACACAGGGACGCAGUUCUUUGAAAUUAAGAAGAGCAGACCUCUGACAGGGCUGAUGGACCUGGCCAAGGAAAUGACCAAAGAGGCUCUGCCAAUCAAAUGCCUGGAAGCCGUGAUCCUGGGAAUUUACCUCACCAACAGCAUGCCUACCCUGGAACGCUUCCCCAUCAGCUUCAAGACCUACUUCUCAGGGAACUACUUCCGCCACAUCGUGCUGGGGGUGAACUUCGGCGGCCGCUACGGGGCGCUGGGCAUGAGCCGGCGCGAGGACCUGAUGUACAAGCCGCCGGCCUUCCGCACCCUCAGCGAGCUCGUGCUGGACUACGAGGCCGCCUACAGCCGCUGCUGGCACGUGUUAAAGAAGGUGAAGCUGGGCCAGUGCGUGUCCCACGACCCGCACAGCGUGGAGCAGAUCGAGUGGAAGCACUCGGUCCUGGACGUGGAGAGGCUGGGCCGCGAGGACUUCCGCAAGGAGCUGGAGCGGCACGCCCGCGACAUGCGGCUCAAGAUUGGCAAAGGGACCGGCCCUCCCUCCCCCACCAAGGACCGCAAGAAGGAUGUGUCCUCCCCACAGCGGGGCCAGUCUAGCCCCCACCGCAGGAACAGCCGCAGUGAAAGGCGGCCUUCUGGUGAGAAGAAGCCUUCGGAGCCCAAAGCCAUGCCAGACCUCAAUGGGUACCAGAUCCGGGUGUGAGGCAGGCGGCAGUGCCCCAGCCGCACCCACUUCUGGGGGCCGGCAUCUACCUGCCAGAACCGGCCUCGCUCCUGGGGAAGUUGGGGCUGAUGGUGGGGCAGGGUGAGGGGCAGCAGGAAGAGCGUGUCCCAGCUCAGCCACCCAAGAUGCUGCCCCUCCCGCUGGGCCAAGCCCCCUCACUUUGGACCACGAGGCAGUGAAGAGUUUAAUUUUGAGUUUUUAACUCAACAACUGAAAUUUAAGGUAUUUGGGAAAAAACUUAAAACGAAUGGAUCUGCCAGUGGCUGGAAGGCCAGUGCUUAGAGGAUCUAAGCGCCACAGGGCUGGGUGAGGAGGGGUUGCUGGCUCUGCUGGUACCCCUGCCCCAAGGUCUCUCUGGGAUUUGGGUCCAUUCCAUCUAUGGGAAACCUCCCAGCUCUGCUAGGCCUGUGGCAGGAUGGAGGGAGGGGUGUUUCUCCAGUCCUGUCUGCCCUGGCAGAAUCUUCACCCAGGGAAAGGAAAGCAGGGUAGGAACCACCCUGAGAAAGGGCUGUAUGGCCCACAUCAGGAGCUUAGCACAGGCCACAUCUGCCCCGAGAGCCAGAGCCCGUGGCUCAGAGGGUCCUCGGGCCCUUGCAGCCCCAUGGACAGUGUUUUGUGGGCUGACAUUGCCUCGUGGCAGGGCCCGUGCUGGGAUGGGCUGGACGAGAGCCCAGGAGAGAACCACUGGGGGAAGGGUUCCCGGACCCCUACCUGGCCUCCUUGCUCAGCCCAGCUCUGCCUGUUGCUGAAGCCGGGGCCUCCCUGCAGAGGGGCUGGGCUGUGCCAAGGGCCCAGAUAUGCACUGGGCUCAGCAUGACUGUGGGGACUGAAUAGACCUGGUGGGUCCAGGAACCGUGGCUGGGGAUGGGGUGGGCCACUCAGGCCUAGGUCUGUCCCCCUGGUAGGUAGUCCCCAGGGACUGCUCCCCCUUCCUGUUACCUUAGCCCUUGCUGGGGAAAUGAAGACCAGAUCGGGCUGCCUGUGUCCCAGCCCUACCUCCCCUCAUUCAGCAGCCUGGGUAGGUGUGGAGGGCCCAGUGAUGAUCAGGCCUGUUGUGUGAGGCAGCUCAUCAGGGAAGAAGCUGAGCUGCUGGCAUCUGCACAGCCUGCCUGGCAGGUGUGAGAUACCUGGCGGGCAGGUGAGAGGUUGUGGAGAGAGGUUGGAGGGCCUGCGGGAAGGUUCUGGAGGCCCAAGUAACAAAGAGGUGUAGGUCAAGGGGGCAGUGCGGCCACUGAGGAGAGGCAGGGCCCGAGAACUGGGGAAUGUAAGUGAGAAAAGAAUGUGGGGGAGAGUUUAGAAUCAGGCGGCUUUGGGGAGUAGUGAGUUCCCUAUUGCUGGAGGUAUUCAAGCAAAGACUAGAUGGCUGCUUGUCAUCUUGAAAGCUAUAGAAAGGAUUUAGGUUACGGAAGGAUAACUGGAUGAGAUGACCAUUAAGGUUUCUUAAUACUGAGAGGCUAGGAUUCAGCCAGGGGCAGCUGGCAGUAAGGCUGCAGUGGGGCUGGGGGCCUGGAAGAGGGAGGACCAGAGCCAGAAUUGUAAACUCAAAUGCCUGCGGGGCCAGGCAGAUGACUAAAAGGAGGGCUGCAGGGCUGGGUGGGGAUUGUGGCAAAUUAAUGAAGACAUACCCCAUUAAAGCAGCCGCUGUUGCUCAGCCAUUCUGAGCGCAGGCCCUGCAGUAUCAGAUUGCCUGAUUUUUUUUUUUUUGUUGAGAGGCCAGAACUCUGAAUUUUUAUGUGAAAUAUGCUGAUUUUUAAAUGUUGGCAGUCAGUUCAGAAAAUUGUAAAGCCCAACGUGAAAAAGAAUGCUGGUUUGUAAUCUCUGAAGCAGAGAGAGCUUGGGCUGGGGAGAGGUCCACCAAGGUACUUUGAGGUGGAAAGCGUGAAAACUUGUAGGCCUCUCAGAGCAGGCCGGGCCAGGGCAGCAUCCUCGCUGCUCACGCUGCUCAGAGUGGGCAGCUACCCCACGUUCAUGUUCGCUCUCCCUGCAGACCAGAGACAUACCAGGAACUGCCUGCGGUUGCUGAGACACCAGAAGGGGUGGAGUGGAAUUGAAAUAGUGCAAUUCUCAGCCUGCCAGGGAGAUGGAUUGUGCCUGAGAAGCAAAGAAAGGGAGAGAGGGAGACAGGAUGUGUUUGCUGACGCAAGUGCCCGCCAGGGAAGGCACCAGGCUGGCAGCUCUUAACACCAGCAGCUCUUGGCCCAGAGCCAGACCCAACAGGGAAGCCGGCUGCUCAGUCCCCUGGCUUUCUCAUGGGUCACUGGGCCCUGGGGAGGUGCCUAACCUGUCCCCCGGACUACACCCCAGCCAGACCAAUCCGAGGGCCACUGUGAGCUCUAACUCACCAUCCCAUCCCAUCCCAGUUUUCAGGGAGAGGGGUGGUGGGUCCCCACGUUCACACAUUCGCCUGAGGCAGAGAUGGAUCCGUUUGGGAGGCGUGAGGCUGAAAGUGAGGACUUUUGUGGGUCUGGAUGUGGGUGCCUCGUGCAGGCUGCUCAUUGGCAGACACCCCAGAUGCCCCUGUGGACCACAGGGCUUGAGGGUGAGAUGUGAGGGAGCCACUCCUGGUGUGGGAGCCCAGCAGGGUGCUCUGACCCUCUGGCUCCUUCCUGAGCCCUUUGGGGAGAAGGAAGCAGGACGAAGCCCCAACCCCUACUGCUGUCUUCCAGGGAGGGAGCCGACCACCCACAGCUGAUAACCCCCUAGCACUCCCCCUUCCUCGCUCAGACCUCGGGCCUGUGGACACCCACAGGAUACAGCGGUGCUUUUUAAUUUAACUGUUUCACAGAUGUAGCAACCCCUCCUCCCCUCCUGGGCGUGUUUACACAGGCUCUGCUCCCCAGGGCUGGCCUGGCUGCAGAGUUUCUGGGGAGGCAGAGGCAGGGACUUCAGGGCCUUAGUCACCAUCCUCAGUAUCACCUCAUCUCAAUUCCUGUGAGGGACCGGGCCUCGCUCCUCCCGACUCAGGACUGCCUUCCAGCUCUCAGCGUGGGUUCCUCAGGGGUAGGGGCUGCUGGCUGGGGAGGGGUCAAGGGAAGGGCAGAGAAAGCUGCUUGAUGAAGGGGGCUCGGCAAGGGCGGGCAGUGAUUGCUCCCCAAGGCCUGACUGCUUGUGCUCUGUGCUGAGUGCCGGGUCAGAACACUGGGAAACUGGGUUUCAAGUCUUCCCACCCACCUACCUGCCAGUCCUCUCCCUCCCGUGGCCUCAGUACGGUCAUGGUCCCCUCGCCCAUCCCGCCAGCCAACCCAUCCUUCCUGGGCGUGGCCAAGUGGGGAGAGCGGCGCCCCCAGCCCCCAGGUGCCAUGAUGAAGCCUAGGGCCAAGGUUCUGAGCAGCAGAAAGAGCCUGGAGAUUGGCCGUAUCUGGUUUCUGGCCCACUCUGUCAUCUUAUGCCCCCUGCUUAUGCCCCCAUCUUAUGCCAACGCUUCCAGCUCGGACUGGACUUCCCGGCCCAGGGACGGGGUCUAAUUCUGGCUGGUGGCGCCCAGAGGCCUGUGUGCCUGUGCGUGCCUCGGUCUCCUGCCUGGGUGGUUUCCAGCUUAGCUACAGUGGCUUCCCCAGGCACCGCCCCCCGGCCUCUGAGUAUAGGGAGGUGUGAGCUGGGCCCAGCAUAUCGACCACGUUCUGUGUGCCAGAAGUGGGCUGUGUUGAAAUCCCCACUUCCCUUGCUCCACUGAGAAACCAGUGGGAAGGGCAGGGAGAUCCUCUGGGGGAGCGUGGGGUGGGAGGUGAGGUCUGCCCCCGGCCAGGCAGGGCUGCUGCGGUGCUAGCUCCAAGUCCAUCAGUAUUGACCCGCUCGCCCCAUCUUGGUGCUCCAGAGUCCCAAGUUCCCCUUUUUCUUCAAGUCUGAUGAGAGAAGAAAUCGGGUGCGCUUGGCCUGGGGCCUAGUGAUGGUGCACGGCCCCUCCCUCGAGCUCUGUGUUGGCUGCCAUGUUGUACUGGACUUUGUUCCCCCUCUUCUCAUAUCAGUGUUGGCCGUCCCCCUUUGACUUCUACACUUCGUCUCAUUCCUGUUCUCACUUUUUCCUUGAAAUGAAUAAAGUCUCCCCAGCUCAGCUGUGUGGGCUGGGAGGAAGCCCCAGUUUGUAAACCUUGUCUUCUUCUCUCUGGGAGCUGAGGCUGGAGCUGCCCCACCCACCAGUGUCCGCCUCGGCAGCUCCGGAGAGAACCUGCCCGGAGGUGAGAGAGCCCCAAACAAGCCAACGGGACACCUCACAGCCCCUGCAGUCAUGAUAAAACUUCUGGGGUCCCAGGCUGUCACCCUCAGCCUGCUGAAGCCACUCAGCUCUUGCUAAUCCUAAUCUGGGAGAUCUUUCCUGCUGGCUGUAAAUGAAUGCAUUCUCCCUCACACAGCCAGUUCAGCCCCCAGAGGCGCAGGAUGCAUUCCAGAGCCCUGCUCUUCCUGUCCUAGUCCCCAGCAGUCCAUCAGGAGCAGAAGAGGAAGGCUGGGUGUUCUCCUGGGAGAUGAGGCUAUUUCAGGAAACCAUAGCAACAGGGAUCUGCAGUCCCUUCUCAUCACAGUUGCCAGUGCAGAAUCUAUGGUGGUUAAAGCCACAGCUUUGGAAAACACCGCUGGUUCCACCCUUCUUCCUCUACACUGUCCCUCCAGCUCUGGACCUCUUCCCAAUGCUUUAAGGCAAGUCCAAACAAUUACAACCAGACCUGCACAGAAAUAUCUUUUAGACCCCACAGCAUUUUUUACCUUUAACCCUUCCUCCCUGUUUCUCUGGUCUCCUUUCAUUCAGCUUGGGAGUAAAACCUAGACUCAUAAGAGGAGGGAGUAUAUUUCCUACUUCUUAUCGCAGCCAAUCCCCAUAAGGUCCUAACUAGAAGUGUUGUUUAGCACAGCAAGAGUCCCUCACUUGCGGUAGCGUGGUGGUGAGGCAUGGCCACUGGGAAGAGGAGGGGUGGUCCGGUGGAAUCCAUGAACAUCUUAGACUGUACGCCAUUAAAAAGAGGCAGUUAUGUUAAUUACAGGUUCAUUUAAAUCCAGCUUAAACGAUAACGAAAAAGAGCCUUUCAAUAAACCAGAGUUUGUGAGUAACUCGGAUUAUGCACCCUUACACAAAGGCAGUCUUGAAAUGCACACACUCAAGUCCAGCCAAAGUACCAAGUAAAGGGCCUUGUGGGUGGACUGCGAUGAGAUGGGCUCAUACACAGUAGGAGUGCUCUCGUGGAAGGAGGGCUGGGUUAAGUGCGGUGAGUCUGUAUGAGUCAACCAGGCUCACCGGGGACACUGCCUGGCCACUUUCUUAGAAUUGACGCAGAGGUAAGUGCCAACUGUGGACUCCCAAGAGGACCAGAACGCAGCUUGCUGGGGGCAUUACCGCACUUCCUUCUGCUCCCUUUCUUUCAAGCUCACGGCAUGUGCCUGCCUAGUUUAGGCACAUGACUAGAGUGGGUCGGGCCUUUAAAUGCAGGUGGCACUUCUCAGAGCCCUGGACGCGAAGAGAUUGAAGCUCUGCACCCACAUCUGCCAGGAUCUGACAUCUUGACCACGACUGUGGAGGGCAGUGAUGACAGGAAGUGCUGGUCAUACCAAAGACCAAGCCGACUGGGCCACGUGCAGGCUGCCUGGUAACCCUUAAAGUGUUUGCCAAGGGGGUGAGGGGCCCGCUGAGGCCUGGCAGGUGGUUGGAGAUGGGCCACCUCAGGUGGGCUGAGGGACAGCGCUCUGAGCAGCCCACAUGGGAAUGUGCACUCCCUCCAACCCCCAGCCAGAAAGGACCUGGUCACGGGAAAGACAGAACCUCCAAGAAUGUUAAGUGUGGAGACUCCACUCUUCUCUCGGCAGCUGUGUGAGGCCUCUGGCCUUAUGGGCACAGGAACUGACUAGGGAUGGGGCAGAAGGCAGAGUUCCCAAUUAAGGUCACGUUCUCCUAACCUGGGAGAGAUCACCCUACCAGGUUCUCAUCUGGCUGGCUGGCCCUUGCCUGGGAUAGUUUUGUUUUGCUCUCUUUCCCCGGGGGGAAACUAGAGGAGGUGGGCCCCUGCUGCUCCCAGAAGACGGGAAGCCAUGCUUUGCCUUAUGUAACCAAUCAGAAAACAAUCCUCUAGUCCAGUAGCUACACCAGGGCAAGAACUGGGGAGAAAAACCAGGGUUUAAAAACAAGCCAGCAGAGGACUGGUUGGUCAUUUCCCUUCUCCCAGCCCCAGCCCCAUGUAUCUGCCUUAGAAGACAACCUGUCUCUUCUACUCCCAGGAAAGGCUGUGUUCUGAGGAGUUGGGUGGCAAGAAAUAAAGGAGGUUCUCAGUUUACCUCUUUGGGAUCUGUUUCCUUGGAUAUAAAGGUAAGAUAUGCACACCUGAACUGCCACCUUGUAGUGCAACUGUCUACUGAUCAUGGAAGUGGAAGCACUCGAAACUGAAUCAAAGUGCCGUGCAGAUGCUACAUGACUCACCUCAACCAGGGGGAAGCCCUCCAGGCCAGGAAAGGGGUCUCUGGGAACAUACCUCAAAGCUUAGGAGCUAUAAAAUAAUUCCAAGCCCCCAGGGCCAAUUGUCCAGGCUGACUAGGGAGAACUACCCACCCUCAAUUCCUAUUGUAACCAGUAAUUACCAAUUAUUGUCAUUACCAAUAAUACUCUGGGAUUUUUAGCAUCCCUUCAAAUAACGUAAUUUCAGAUCUGAAAAUUCCUCACACGUGGAAAAGAAUAUUACUUUUAAUUUCUCUUUCACCAAGAUAUGUGCAACAUAGGGAGGGGUUAACUUACCCACAAUCACCAAGUGACCAGGCCAAGAUGACAAGUGGUGUUCCUAAUCCCUGGCUAAAUCCCAGCCCAGGCGGUUCAACUGGUACCCAGGUAGCUUUAAAUAACCCAGCUUCUCAGGUACUGAUUCAGAGGUGUGGGGUCUGGGAUUCUGUUCAGGUAAGGCAGAAAACCACACCUGUCUCAGGGCUUCUUCCCACGGGCACAGGGGCUGGUGGACCUGCUGCACAGGAAGGCUGGAGGAAGAAGAAGUCCCAGCACAGUGAGGCCCAGGAAAGAUGAGAAACCUUGCCAGCAACAGGUGGCUCACAGCUCAGCCCUGGCUCCUGAACACAGAAGAGAUGAUCAAAAAUAGAAGCGCGGCAAGAGGCAUCUGCCACGUGCAUCGUGCCUCACGCAGCUGCCAUGGCUUUGACCAGGAAAACACUUCUCAUCCUGCUUUCGCCACAGAUCCUCCUCUGCUUGGACUAGGCAGGUACAGGGGCAGCAGAUGGAAUAAGAAUGAGAGCAGCUGAAAGCAGUAUUCUCCUCUAGCUUGGCAAGGAUGGAGAAGAGAGCUGCACCCCACGAAAGUCCGGGCAGGAGGCUGCGCUCAAGCCGUUCCUCCCAGGCCUCAGAGUAGUGGGCAUCUGCUCAGUUACCAGAGGGAGAUGAUAACCCUUUUCUCUGGUCUAGAUCUCAGGUUUGAGGCCCCACCCCAGUAUCAGUCUCUUCUUCUCUGCCCACCUCAUUCCCCAGGCCUUCCCUCCCCCAUGCCUUUCAGGAUCCUAAUAAAAUAACCAACAGUAGGGGGGAAAGGUAAACCUUUAUUUGGAAAAGAGAGUUCAAAUGACCAUUUAAAACCCCCUUUCAUUUCCAAAACAGAAAAUAAGAAAACAAGGAAAA